GUCACUACGCUUUUUGGCGCUCUCUGAAGGCGAAAUGGGAUCAGCUGUCGUCCACUGAAUCUUGCACAUUCUUUCUAUCAACAUUGAACCGUUCAACAUUAUAUACUAAGGUUAGUAUAAAUCACUUUCUCUUUUAACAUUUUAGAUCGGCUCAGAGGGUGGUCAGGGUUAUAUUAAGGUUCUUUCAGUAAAAUGUUAAUUUUAUAGUAAUUUCUUUGUUUACUGUUUGGAACAAAGUUACACUCAAUGAACACCACUUCGAAAAUAUAAAUUGUUAGGAAGGAGUUAAAAAGUUUAACAACUAUUUAAGUUAAAUUUAUAUUUUCUUAAUAAAUAUUAAGAAAUUGAGCAAUAGAGAUGGCGACAGUAUCUCGUUCUUUUGCUUUAUUUUUUUUGUUCUAUUCGUUCGAUGAUAAAAACAUUUUCAUAUGUUAAAUCAUUCUCAGGUUCAUAUAAAGGUGGUCACUAUAAGCCCAAAAGUAAAAAUGAUUCGCAAAGUAUGCUAUGUUCAGCGUUAGUUAUGAAAAUAUGGAUAAAGCCAUCUUUCAACAAAGUGACACACAACUACGCCAUAUAGUUGCCGAAUCCGAAACAGUGAAAUGCGUCGUUGUUGGUGAUAGCGGCGUUGGAAAAACGCGACUGGUAUGUUCUCAGGCUCGAGGAACUAAAUAUUCACUUGAACAGUUAAUUCAAACACAUAUACCCACCGUUUGGGCUUUGGAUCAUUAUCAGAAUAACAUUCAUGUAUUAAGAAGAUCUAUCCGCAAAGUAGACGGAAUAACAGUAUCUCUAAGAUUAUGGGACACAUUUGGAUAUCAUGAUAAGGAUAAACACUUCGCUUAUGGAAGAGCCGAUGUAAUUCUAGUGUGCUUUUCGGUUGUUCGACGACGUUCCUACAAUAAUAUAUUAAGUCAUUGGUAUCCAGAAAUUCAAAGAACAUGUCCUGGUGUACCAAUAAUAUUAUGCGGAUGUAAAAUUGACCUUCGUCACUUAUAUUUGGAGGAUUAUUUCAUGCAAAUGGACAAAGGUCCUUUUUUUAAAGCAAUUACAGACGAUGAUAUUCUCUAUGCAAAAGACGGUAGAAAACUGUGUGAAGAUAUAAAAGCUGAAGGUUACUACGAAACAAGCGUUUUAAGACAAUUUGGAAUAGCAGAAGUAUUCGACAAUGUAAUAAGAGCGGCACUAAUCUAUAAACGAAACAAGAGAUUUUGGAAUGUUUUGAAUGUAUUUAGAACACUUAAUAAGCCGUUUAUUCAAAAACCUUAUUGUCCGCCUCAACCAAAACUGCCUAAAUUUAGCAGAAAAUCAAACGAUCCAUCCAUAGAUUUAGAGUCACUGUUAAAAGUCACAACAGAUUCUACAGAUGUUGUUAUUCGAUGCCAAUCAGUUGAUAUUUCGCUGCAUAAGUUGAUCUUAAUCGGCAGUUCAGAAUUUUUUGAAAAUUUAUUUUUACUUGAUUUGAAUGCUUCUAACAACUUGGAUAAUCCUCUAUUUCCUUUCGUUGAAGUACAAAAGAAACAUGAAUCCGAUUCAUUGCAAGAUGCCAAAUAUAUCUUACAUGCACAUCCCGCUUUCACAGCUGCUACGUUGACUUGUUCGGUGGAAUUUUUAUAUACUGGACGCAUGCAGAACACGAAUUCGAAUCAUCUACAAAUUGCGGAAGUAGGUCAGCUGAUUAAAUGCCAGGAAAUGGUUUUCUAUGUUAGACAUAUUUUGGAUAAUGAGAGUUAUCUAAAUGAUGAAUUGACAAAACUGUUUCUUGAAAAACAGAGGAAAAGGAUACAAUUACUUUAUAUCAAUCAUCAAUUACUCUCAGAUAUCCUCUUUCAAUUGGAUGAUGGUGUUGUCGCAGCGCAUAAACUCUUGCUAACGAUUCGUUGUGAAGUUAUGGCUGGUAUGUUCUCUUGUAAUUUCAUUGAAAGGUCGGCUAAAACGAUUCCCCUUCCUGGAGUUAGUAGAAGCACAUUUGUUGCUCUGCAGGAGUACUUAUAUACUGGAUCCAAUCCCUGUAUGAAAGAUGUUGAGCUUUUGGAAUUCUUGGAAGUCGCAAACAGAUUUUGUCUGCCUGUUCUCUUGUCGAUGAUCGAAUGUCAAAUCGUCGAAGAGAUGGAGAUCAUUCUCAAUAGAUAUGUGAAAAAAGAUGUCAACGAAAAAGUAUUAAAUCUUUUCGAAUUUGCUCAGAUGCAUAAUGCAGAUCAAUUGGUCUCCUGGUGUUCUCGCUAUAUUCAGGUCAAUUAUUCUGAUAUUUUGGCCAAAAAUGGUAAAAGAUUGUUUGCAUUACAACCAGAAAUAAUAGCCGAGUUAGAAAAACGACAAUGGCCUCCAGCAUGGUAUCAAGAAGAAAUACAAUUUUAUGAAAGACGAAAGAAGGAUGGUAUCAUGAUUUCUGAACCACCAACCAGCUGGGAAGAGGAUAAAAAUCCUGGUUGUUUGGGUUUUUGCACAAAAAGAAGAUAA